AUGCAAAAAGAAAAUUACAGUUCUGUGAUCCUUCAUGUAGGACCUGUGAGAAGUCUGCUGAUAUAUGUACUUCGUGUCCAGAAGGCAUCACAAACCUAAAUUUCCAGGAAGUUGAAAACCUAUAUAGCCAUACAAGGGGAUAUUUUAAUGAUUCUGAGACUUGUGAGGAAUGCAGCGGAUCAUGUAAGACAUGUGUGGGAAGUGCAACCAAAUGCCUGUCCUGUAAAAGUCCUUUGCUUCUGGAACAAUGGAAAUGUAAACCUACCUGUUCAGAGAAGCAUUUUGCCUCUGAAGGAAUCUGCAAACACUGCUCUGAAAUGUGUCAGGAGUGCAUUCACAAUCAAACCUGCAAAGAGUGCGUGGAUGGCUUCUUCCUGCACAAGGGGACGUGUGUGCAGGACUGCCCUUCUCACUUCUACGCUGAAGACAAGCACUGCUUUCCCUGCCACGCAGACUGCAAGGAUUGUGUCGGGCCAGACUCGGAUGACUGCACUGAGUGCGCCAUCGAUGACUUUGUCCUUUACAGUGGCAAGUGUUUUGAAGAGUGCCCUGAAGGGACUUACUAUGACGAAGCCACUGAAGAUUGUCAAGCAUGCAACAGAACAUGCCAGACUUGUUCUUCUUCCACUGCCUGCCUCACCUGCAGAAAUGGCCUGAUGCUGAACCAUGACGGGCACUGUGUGGCAUCUGGAUACUGCUCUAGCAAUGAGUACUAUGUUGAGAAAACUCAGACCUGCAACCCUUGUCACAAAAAAUGCUUCCACUGCUCAGGACCCACCGAACAUCAGUGUCUUAGCUGUGUGAAUAACCGCUAUCUACUCAAUACAACCUGUGUGGAAGCAUGCCCAGAUGGCUAUUAUGUUGACAGCAAUGAGAGACAAUGUUCCCCGUGCCACAGCGCUUGUGUCAGUUGCACUGGGAAACACAGCUCACAGUGCCUUUCCUGCAAACCAGGCUGGUACAGACAAGGAAAAGGAUGUGUAAACCAGUGUCCAUCAGGAUAUUUUGCACAAAACUCCACUAGAUCAUGUGACAGGUGCCACAAGGGCUGUAAGGAGUGCAUGGGGCCUCAACCCACAGACUGCCUUUUCUGCGAUACAUAUUUCUACCUGUUGCGCUCCAAGAACAAAUGUGUCAGCUCCUGUCCUGAGUAUUACUAUGAAAGCAACGACAACAUCUGUGAAAGAUGCCACCCUUCCUGUCAAACUUGUGAAGGGAAUGGAGCAUUCAGCUGCACAUCUUGUGUAUGGAGCUACAGUUUAUUAGGAGGAAUGUGCAACUCAGACUGUUUUGUAGGUGAAUACAAACUCCAGGAGACACCAGGACAAGAGUCCAAGUGUGAGACAUGUGACAGCUCGUGCACUGAGUGCAAAGGACCUGGGCCUUUCAACUGCACAGUCUGCCCGGCCAGCAUGCAGCUCUACCUGGAGGAAAGCCGCUGCCUACCCUGCUGCAGUGACUCCGAUCCGGCAGCUACCCCAGAGUGCUGUGACUGCAGUCAAACACAAGAUGACUGUGUACUACGGAUCACUUUACCACCUGAGAGCAAAAGCAAAACUGCUUUCUUUGUUAUUUCCUGCAUUUUGCUUCUCCUCGUCAUUGGAGCCAUUGUAUUUAUCUGGAGAAAAUCACGAGCCAAAACCCAGGCUGUCAAUAAAGGUGGGUAUGAGAAGCUGACAAAUCACUCAAAAACCUUUCCUUCCUACAUAAGCACCUACCGCAACAGUCCCAAUUACCAGGAAGAUCAAGUGAUUGAGUAUAGAGAUCAAGAUAACGAAGAUGAUGAUGAAGAAGAUGACAUUGUGUAUAUGGGCCAGGAUGGCACAGUCUAUCGCAAAUUUAGAUAUGGACUUUUGGAGGAUGAUGAGGAAGAUGAGCUUGAAUACGAUGACGAAAGUUACUCAUUUAGAUAA